AUGUAUCGAUUAAUUAAGUUUAAUCUUUGUUUUAUUAUUCUUAUCAUAUCUAUUUAUGGCAAAAAUAUUGAUGAAUUUUAUAAAACAUUAAAUGAUGAUCCAAAUGAUGAUCCCGUUGAUCUAUCCAUGUCACCUACUACAACCAAACAAAAUAAAUUAUCAUUAGCAUCAAUGAGUUGCAUUGAGUCUCGUCGAUGUGGCUGCUAUAAAGGUUACUGUUGGGCAUAUGUUGAUGAAUAUCAAAUGCCAACAACUGGUUGGUGGUGUUUUACUCAACAAGAAGGUAUACGUGGUAAACAAAAACAAUGGGCAAAGUGCACAAAUAGUACGCAAUGUUCAUGGAGUAUGACUUGUGGAGAUUGUUAUACAUAUGUUGGGAAAAGGACAGGUAUCAAAACAGAUCAAAUUCUUUGUUAA